AUGAGCCUUACAUCGUCGGCCCUAUGCGAACGGGUGACAGCUUUCACAUAUGUGGCCCCACAGUUACUGAAACCGGAUGUGACCAACUUCGACUUCUUCAAGUCUUCCAUGUUGACGCCGGAAAGUUAUGUGGAAGUGGCAAAAUCUCAGGCCGAUCUGGGAUGUCGACCAAGUGAAUGUGCGCCGUAUAUGGCCAUCUUUCAGACCAUGCGAAAUAUCGGCAGGAAACAGAAUCAGAUCCUUGAGAAUAGAAUCGAUCAAGCAGCACUAUCAAAAGCUCUGUGUGUUUUCCCACGCUUGAAAGAGCUCACGGUGCAUUUCUGUGUGCCCCUGGAAAGGAAACCAUGGCUAGAAGCAUAUAUCGAUCACAACAUCGAUAUUAGUGAUGGGCUGUAUACACACCACGUACAAGUCGUUGCACAAGCCUUGUCCGACAGAUCGAAGUGGGGCCUAGACCAAGUCGACAGUAUUCAUUUGCGGGGAUUUCAAAUUCAGACCGGGCACCAGUAUGAGAUCCCAGAUCUGAUGUCUCUAUCUGCUCAUUUACAGAAAUUACUGGUUGGAGUGCGCAGUCUCAAGAUGACGCAGUCUGACUCCGCCGUGGAGGUGCUUUCACAAUGGGAUCUAAACAUUGAUGAGCUUGACAUGUGUGAUAUGAUGAUUGAUUACGACACUCUGAAGCGGUUCUUUGCUGCCAACCAACCAACUCUUCAUUCAAUCGGUUUUCACAACGUCGUGGUAACAGAGGUUCCCUUUGAGGAAUCUGCAUCUCAGCUGAACGUGGACAUACUAUCGGAACUGAUCGGUGCUCGUAGGGGAGCACAGGGCCAGGCAACCACCUGCCAUUGUCAUUCUCGACACAACGGUUGGAGGAUCGUCUGGGAGAAGGAAUCUCUUGACUAG